AUGCGCAGCCGUUCGCGUAAGCCUUCUCUCGACGCCGUUCGUCAAAGGUGGGGCCCCCAUAACCGCUGUGUCAUUGGCUCCUCCGAGCAACGACAGCGACACAACCUCAUACAAGGACGCAAAUAUAUGGAUCGUAUAAGCGUUGCCAGUUGCAACCGGUUCUGCUGCAAUGGUGCUUGUUCAUUGAGACUCAGGAUCGAGGCAAAUGAGCGUGUACUUACAUACGCUCUUCUCGUUCUCCCUCCCUCCCCCCUGCCAGAGCGAGGUCCCGUGGCCCUCCCCGAGAGCGGAAACCUGUGCGAGGAGGCCCUGGGGGUGGCUGUGGUUCCCCGCCUGCGUCGCCUGCUGCACCGCCACCUGCCGCUGCACAGCCUCUGUCUGCUGCGCUACCUCACGGCCUUUAUCCACCAGCUGCGUACCAGCAACCAUAACACGUGCCCCGUGCCCGUGUCCGCGCUGAGCCGGGUCCUGGCACGCGUGAUGGUUGCUGCCGGCGACGACAACGGCGGCCGCGGCGACGACGACGACGAUGACGACGACGACCGGCGCCCGCGGGAGUCGCAGCCCCGCCUCGCCAGCCGCCUGGGCGAGAUCCUCAUCCUGUGCUACAACGACAUCUUCCAGAACACGGACGACGACGGGGAUGACCUCAGUGACAGCGUGAGCAGCCCGAGCAGCGUGGGCGAGUGCAUAGGCGACGGCGACGAGGACGACGACGACGAGGGUGACACGACCACCACGGACACGGACGACUUCCGCUCACCGCCCGUGUCCCCGCAGAAGACGGCGCGUCCCAGGGGCACCGCGACCUCCGUGGUGCGACCUCCUCCCCUGAGCCUCCACCAGCCGCCUAUGUCUCCAAGGUGA